AUGGUCUCGAGCUCGACUUCCAAGGAGGGCUUGCGCCAGAGGAAUGUGGCCGGCUCCAAGAAGAACGGCGCAGCCUCGACAGCCGACGAUGUCGAACUCGACAAGCUCCUGAAGGCCAGCGCGCCGACCAACAACUCUGACCUGCAGUACAAGAUUGGUCUUGCGAUCAUCACCGCACUCGCCUUCGUGACAAGAUUCUGGGGUAUCAGCCACCCUAGCGAGGUCGUCUUUGACGAAGUACACUUCGGCAAGUUUGCCUCCUAUUAUCUUGAGCGAACCUAUUUCUUCGACGUGCACCCGCCCUUCGGAAAGCUUCUCUUCGCCUUUAUGGGAUGGCUGGUUGGCUACGAUGGGCACUUCCACUUCGAGAAUAUUGGGGACUCCUACGUUGCGAACAAAGUUCCAUUCGUGGCUUUCCGUUCCCUGCCAGCGAUCCUCGGUGCGCUGACAGUCUCCGUCACCUACAUGAUCAUGUGGGAGUCUGGCUAUAGCCUGCCCGCUUGCGUCGUAGCUGCUGGUCUUGUCCUUCUCGACAAUGCCCACAUUGGUCAGACGCGCUUGAUUCUGCUGGACGCUACGCUUGUCCUGGCAAUGGCCUGCAGUCUGCUUGCCUACAUCAAGUUCUACAAGCUUCGGCAUGAGGCCUUCUCAAGAAAGUGGUGGAAGUGGCUUAUUCUGACGGGAUUCGCCCUCUCCUGCGACAUUUCAACGAAAUACGUCGGUCUUUUUGCCUUUGUCACAAUUGGUUCCGCUGUGGCCAUCGAUUUGUGGGACUUGUUGGAUGUGAAGCGCCCCGGCGGAGCCCUGAGCAUGCCCGAUUUUGGAAAGCAUUUUGCGGCACGAGCGUUCGGGCUGAUCGUCAUGCCCUUCGUUUUCUACCUCUUCUGGUUCCAGGUCCACUUUGCGGUCCUGAACCGAUCUGGGCCGGGCGAUGACUUUAUGACUCCCGAGUUUCAGGAGACCCUGAGCGACAACGUUAUGUUGUCCAACGCGGUCACUGUGAAUUACUACGAUUCAAUCACUAUAAAGCACAAGGAGACCAAGACAUACCUUCACAGUCAUGAAGACCACUACCCUCUGCGCUACGACGAUGGUAGGGUUUCCAGUCAGGGCCAGCAGGUCACCGGAUACCCUUACAAUGACACAAAUAACUACUGGCAAAUCAUUCCGGUGGAAGACGAUCAGAAGUUGGGCCGCGCGGUCAAGAACCACGAUCUCGUGCGACUCCGCCACAUCGUCACCGACACUAUCCUCUUAUCGCACGAUGUUGCAUCCCCAUAUUUUCCUACCAACCAGGAGUUCACAACUGUGUCCUUGACGGAUGCAUACGGCGAUAGAAAACAGGAUACCCUGUUUGAGAUUCGUGUCGAAGGUGGAAAGAAGAAUCAGGAGUUCAAGAGUGUUUCAAGCCACUUCAAGUUCAUCCAUAACCCCAGCAAAGUCGCCAUGUGGACUCACACGACACCCCUCCCGGAGUGGGGUCACAAGCAGCAGGAGAUCAACGGCAACAAGCAAAUCGCACCAAGUUCUAAUGUCUGGCUGGUCGAGGACAUCCCAUCCCUGCCUGCAGAUGACAAGCGGAGGGAGAAGCCUGAGCGCAAGGUGAAGACCUUGCCGUUCUUGAGGAAGUGGUUUGAGCUUCAGCGGUCCAUGUUCUGGCACAACAACCAGCUGACCAGCAGCCACCCGUACGCCUCGCAGCCCUACCAGUGGCCAUUCCUGCUCCGGGGUGUUAGUUUCUGGACCCAGAAUGAGACCCGCCAGCAGAUUUACUUCCUGGGUAACCCUGUCGGCUGGUGGAUUGCAAGCAGCUUGCUUGCGGUCUAUGCUGGCAUCGUUGCUGCGGAUCAAUUCUCUCUCAGGCGUGGUGUUGAUGCUUUGGAUCACAGAACCCGAUCCCGUCUUUACAACUCGACUGGGUUCUUCUUCUUGGCGUGGGCGACCCAUUACUUUCCCUUCUAUGUGAUGGGCCGUCAACUGUUCCUACAUCACUACCUCCCGGCUCAUCUCGCCUCCACACUUGUAACGGGUGCUUUGCUUGAGUUUGUCUUCAAUGCGGAUACCACCGAGGAGGUACCCGAGUCUGUCAAGAAUGGCAAGAAGUCUGGGCCGAAGAGGCAUAUCUCGGCUCGUGAGCGAUUUGCCGGACAGAGCAUGCUCAGCGCGUGGAUUGCGUGUGUGGUCAUUCUGGCUCUGGCAGCGUUUGGCUGGUACUUCUUCCUGCCGCUAACAUACGGCUACCCUGGUCUCAGUGUCGACCAGGUACUGAGGCGGAAAUGGCUCGGUUACGAUCUUCAUUUCGCAAAGUAG